AUGGCGGACGCAGCGCGAGUCGUAAAAGUUGGUUCACGCAAGAGUCAGGUAUGUUGGUAGACGCUUAAAAGUUAUUACUGUGGCAAUAAAUUCAUUUUUUAGGAGAUAAAUUUCUUAUUUGUGGCGUCUUAAGUCCAAAAACUCGAUGUGUUUGUCUUUGUACAGAGAUUCUGUAUGCUUGAAGUCAAACACUAUGAAGUUAAAAAUUCUUUCCGGUUUUAGAAAAUGUUUAAAUUGGGACAAGAUUCGAUCGAUCUCGUGAGUUUUACGCCUUAAAAAAAAUUUAAACAAAGAUAUUGAUGUAAAAAUGUGGCACUACAACGUCUAAUUAAGUGUAUUGGUUUCAACGUACGAUUUGAAGAUGUAUUCGCAACAGAUUUUAGUGUUGGGGAAGGGGGAUCGGUUAGGGUGUGGCGGGCUGUGAUGAAAAGAAAAGGGAAUAGCUUAUUUUCAAUGGUUGUAAGUGUACCUCGUAGCAUUAUUUUAAUGAACUAUACUGUUAGCCGUGUUUUUGUUUGAUUGAACAGAACAAGGCCAAUAUCUGGCCAUCUUGACCUCUUGUCAAUUUAAAUGUUAGUGGAUACUUAUCAGAAGGUAACCAACGUGGACUUUAUUUCAUGCAGUUUUUUUUAUUUACUUUUAUAAAGUUGGCUCUUAUUCAAACUAAUGUCAUUGUGGAUGAACUGAAGAAGCUUUGGCCAAACACUUCCUUUGAAAUUGGUGAGUUUUUUCUUUUUUUGUUUCAUCUACAUUUAUUGGGAAGUUUUAUCUUUGAAUUAAAUCAAGGUGUGAUCAGUUUGUUAAGUCUGUAUAUGAAGCUGACUCACAUGGCUUCUAGAACAUAGGAUAGUUUCUGCAGUGUCUGGAAUCACCUUUUUUCCUUUUCAAUCGUAAGCUGCAAUUCAAUUUUAAGUUACCCCUCAGAAUUUUUCAGGAUUCCCUGGAAGUUUUGCUAUGACCCAUUUUUUUCUCCUGGGAGGAGAAAGGUAAUGUGUUCUUUCCCAGGAAAACAGCACAAUGGCUCUGGCUCAAUCUUAAAGUUUUCCAUGCAGAGUCUAGUACUGUAACCAUUAGAAUUUAAUUUCUGUCUUUCUCCGUGCCCUAACAUUACCUCCAGUUAACCUUUUAACUUCUGCAGGUGACCAAGACAGAAUUUUUCCUUACAAUGUCAAUACAGCAUCAAGCAGACAAGAGAAGAGAAUAAAGAAAUAUUUCAAUUAAGGGACUAUUAGUUGAUCUAACACCAAAUUCUCCAAAUCAGCAUCAUAGGAAUUGUAUCGCAGACAGUAAGAAGAAUUACUAGUGAGAUUGUGAGAGUGAAAGGAUUAAGAGUUACUGACUCUUAACCCUUGACCCUUGGUUCAUCCUGCACACAAUGUGACCAAUUGAUGGUUGCUUUUACUUUGUUUCCCCUUAGUUUCCAUGUCUACCAUAGGAGAUAACAUCUUAGAAAAACCAUUACCCAAGGUUAGUGGUACAUGUAUAUGACUGAGACAUGAUUGUAUCAAUAUGUCAAAUAAGUAAUUCUGUGCUGCUUGUUUUAAUUAGAUAAAAGAUGACCAUACUAAUUUUAAAGUAGAACCCAGUCAUUCCUUAAUCCUUUAACUCCCAUGAGUGACCAAGACAGAAUUUCUCCUUACAUUUUCAUUACAACAUCAAGCAGACAAGUGAUAAGAAUUAGGAAAAAUAUCAACCAGAGGAUUACUAGUUGAUCCCAUACAAAAUUCUCCAAACUAACAUCAGAAAAAUCGUAUGGUAGACAGUGUGGAGAAUUACUAUUGUGAUCUGGGAGUGAAAGGGCUAAACCACCCUUACAAUUACCAAUGUUUUGCCAUAAGAAGGAAAACUCAUCUGAAAUUUUAUCUUACCUGAGACACCAUGACCCUGUGCUUGUUUCCAUUUUUUUUUUUGAUGCAACACUCUCUAAUUUUCCCAACCUCUCUCACUGUUGAAAUGGAACCAAGUAGUCACAGUCCUUAAAUAAAGGGGUCCUAUUCUUUUUUGACCUUCAUUUGAAUAAGGACACCAUAAAUUAUAAUUUUUGAUUAAAGAAAAUUAAAGUAAUUUAUUGAAAAACUCUCUUGUUCAGUUUCAAUAUUGUCAACAUGCCUACAUAUCUUAUAAUAUUACUGAAUUUUUUUAACCUUAGAUUGGAGAAAAAAGUGUAUUUACAAAGGAAUUAGAAGUUGCCCUGGCAAAUAAAAGGUAGGUACAUUUAGUGGUUCUACCCCAUAAAAUGAAUGUCUCCUACUUCCAAUCAUUAAACUCACUCCAAACUGAAAACAACUGUCACCUGGUUGAUGUUGCUUAACAUUUCCUCUUAUAGGCUUCAUGUAGUUUUAUUUCUGAUUGCAAAUUUUGAUUACUUUAUUUUAGUUUUAUAGAAGAACAAUUUCUCUUUUAAGGACUUCUUUUUGUUUGUUCUUAGUGUGGAUUUUGUAGUUCAUUCACUGAAGGAUCUCCCAUCCACUCUUCCACCAGGCAUGUUAAUUGGGGCUGUCUUCAGGUAAUGGUUUUAACCCUUUGAACCCUAAUAGUGACCAGCAUCUAAUUUCUCUUUACAUUAAUAUUAUUUUUUUCAUUCCUGAAUCACACAUUAAGGUCACAAGAAUAAAGGAAAUGAUCACCAACUAUAGAAGCUCUUGAUUGUUAAACAAAUUCUCCUUGCUAGCAUCUUAAGAAAUGUAUAGAGAACAGUAUGGAGAAUAUACAUACUGAUGUUAGGGUAUAAAGGGUGAUCAGUGGAAUAUAGUGUGAUUCUUUUCCAAUUUUAUAGCACAAAUUUGAUAUGAAAAGAUUACUCAGAAAUUAAGGGCCGGUUAUUUUAAUAAAAGUUUAGCCAUUGUUUAACAAAACCACAAUCUGAACUAUCUUGAAUUUAACUGAAUCUUUUAUCUGAACAUUAAUUUUUGUGAGCAGAGUCAAGAGGGCCAAAAGCUAGCAGUGGAAGGUCAUUAAUUUAAUGAAAACAUCCCUAUUAUAGGGAAUACCUAAGGCUCACUGCUUGCAUAAAACCGCAAUUUGGGUUAGACCUCGUGUAAAUAACCGGUUCUAAGAUUUUUAUCUGUGUCAGAUGAUUUAAUAUUUCUCUUUGCGUUUUAUCAGGCGAGACAGUCCUUAUGAUGUGGUUGUCUUUCAUCCUAAACACAAAGGUUCCAAUCUCGCUUCUUUACCCAAAGGGAGGUGAGAACUAACUUUGCGGUGUAAUUUUACUCAUAAAGAGUUAUAGACAUGUAUAAAAGAUAAUGUAUACUUACGGUACUUUCAAAAGUGUCCAUGUCUCACCCAUGAAGAGUCCUUUGAAAGGGUUAGGGUUUUUUUUCAGCUACGUGAUUUUCAAAUCUUUUUAAUUUCAUCCCUGGUCAUCUUUUCUUAUUUGUUUGCGAGUCUUUUUUUUUUUUUUUUCUGCCUUUCCGAAAUAAUAUUUUAUAGCAUUCCUUAUAUGUCUCAGAUUAACUAUGAUAUCACGCCUUUGAACAAACUUAGGACUAAUACUAUUUUCGAUUGUUGAUCAUAUACAGCUGUAUUCAUUUUCCCCCACAGUGUGAUUGGGACAAGCUCACUAAGGCGUAGUGCACAACUUAAAAGAGCUUUUCCUCAUUUGCUUAUUGAAGAUGUCGUAUCCUUUUGUGAAACUGGUCGUUAAAAAGAUUUUGGUUCGCCACGCGCGAGACAACUCGAUUAAGUAUAAAAAGACGCCUGAGUGCUAGGGUAAUUUGGUGUUAUCAACUGAGUUGAUAACGUAAAUUGCCCAUCGUUAAGGGUUUAAAAGCUGACAUUUCGAGCGUUAGACCUCCGUCAGAGCAAAAGGCCAACGCCCAAAACGCUCUCGCCCUGAUGAAGGGCUAACGCUCGAAACGUCAGCUUUUAAACUCUUUAUAGUGGCCAAUUUACGUUAUCAACCCAGCUGAUAAUACCAAAUUACCUUGUUAUACUCUGCCAUCGACGCUGCACCACAGUUUCUUUAGUUUCUUAAGAAACUAGCCCCCCUUAUUUGUCUGAGUGCUAGGAUUGUUGAAGCAUCAUGUGACCCUAACGAUUGUGCGGAAACACAGUCAUUGCAGAACCACCGAUCGCUGAGCUGAAGUGCUUUCGAUUGACUAUCGUGAAAAAAACCCAACUAAUGAUAACGAGGAGCCACUAACAAGUCAAAGUAGACAGAGCAAAUCGACGGAGUCGCGGAAGUAGGAGAGUGACCAAGUUGCGAGUUGUUAUUGGUCUUACCUUAAGAUCUGAUUGGUUGAGAAUGUGGCGCGAGUUUUCUAGACCAAUCACGGAGCUAAGUGAAGGAAAAUCAAUGGAGUCUUGGACUUUGCUCGAUACCCAUGCAAAACGAAAGGGUAGUUUUCACAUACGACGCGCUCGGAGUCGGAGUCGCAGAGUGAUACAAUCAAGUGAAAAUCAAACCGAUGGAAUCAGAAGAAAAAUAAACUGGAUUGUCGCAGUUGUAAGGCUUUGGAUGGCCUGAGAACUCGCAUUGUGAUCGGUUGAUUCUUCCACUUCCGCUUGCGAAUCAGCUUUCAAUGGAACAUAAGCGUCGAUGUCAGAAGCGGAAUCGGAAGAAAAUGAAACCGUCCUGAUUUUUACAACUCCGAUUCUGUAUAGCCUAUGACUCUCUUACGGCUAUGACUUUCGAUUUUCCAGUAGUCGGAAGCGCUCUUACGACUCCGACUACGAUCCCGACUUUGUCUACGAUUCCGACUCCGACUCCGUCACCAGUAUAGAGCGGCUUUAAGAGAACUUCAAGUGUGAUUAAGAUACUUUUAGAUAAUCGAAAGAGAACCUAUAAAAUUCUUUGAUACUUUUUACAAGCGAGUUAAAUGUCCUUAACAACGUGUUUUCCAAUGAUCAGCGUGGAAAUCUGAACACUAGACUCAGCAAACUUGAUGCUGGUGAUAAAUAUGACGCUCUCAUCUUGGCAGCUGCAGGAAUGGACCGCAUGGGUUGGGCGGAACGUAUUGAGCAGGUCAGAUUCAUUCCUGAUCUCGUCUAGCAAAUGCUGCAUUAAUUUAGCUUGCCUACGAGCGAGCAAACAUUCGUUAUUAGAGCUGCGACACGAGAAUGAAUAAAUUGAUCUUCGCGACUGUGGUACUAGCGUCUUGCAAUUCUGAUAGAGAGAGCCUACUUGCAAUGUCUUGUUAUGUCUGUGUUGUUGCUGUUAUUGUUGUUGUUGUUGUUUUUUUUUUUAUGGGCCUAACACAGCAAUUUGUUUGUUGUUUUUUGGAAAAGUCUGUUGAUAAAAAGGAAUGUAUGGUUUUCGUUUAAAGUUUUUUGAAGGGGUAUUUUCCUGUUUUCAUGACAAUUCGUUUUUUCCACAGGUUCUUGGUCCUGAUGAGUGCUUGUAUGCUGUAGGACAGGUUGGUUACGAAAGUGUUUACAUCAGCGCAUUCUCGAGUUCAGCGGGCCUCGAUAAGUUUUCUUGCGAAACAAAUGGCCAGUUUGAUCUUGGUGAAGAUACCGAGGCUUAGUUACGUUAUUAGUGUGGAAUAUUUAAGAGUCAAAUAUUAGUUUUGGCAAAAGGGAAUUUCAAGUGCUUGUCAUUUCACAGUAGGUUAGCUAUCCUUAUCGAACUUUUGUACUUAAGUAACCUUUUCAAAUUACCUUACAGCUUUUGCUGCAAACACUAAGUACUAACAAUUUAUUUGGGGUUUAGGAACAGUUUUUGCGUAUUGUGAGUUUUCUUGUGUGACUGUGUAGGCUGUUCUAUCAAACAGUGAGUUCCAAAUGUGUAACCAACCGCGCCUCAUUUGAUUGCAACUUUUCGCCCUUGAAUCCUUGUACUUGAUUUCACCUUGAGUUAUAAUAGAGCAAUUUUCAAUUGAGUGUCAAAUGCUAUCCGAGAUUAUAUUGGUUUUGCGUUUUUUUUUCUUUUUGUUCUUCGCUCUGUGAUUGGUCCAGAAAACUCGCACUACUCUCUCAACCAAUCAGAUGCGAAACUAAAACCACUUACGACUUGGUCGCCCUCAUUUUCCCGCGCUUUAGGCAGUUUGGUCGUGUUUACGUAGGUGGUUUCUUCUCUUCUGAUUGGCUCUUUUGAUCACUUUGGUUUUGGUUUUAACCUUGUUCUGAUUGUUUCUUUGUGACUUAAGAUUCUUUACUAUCUGGCAUUGAUGAAUUUGUCUUAUUUCCAGGGAGCCCUAGCAGUUGAAGUUAAUCUUGACGAUAAACAAACCAUUGAAUUAGUGUCUAAACUGAUCGAUAGAGACACCAGUAUCUGUUGUGCUGCUGAGAGAAACUUCUUGAGGACUUUGGUUAGUAAUAUGAUCUUAUUGACGUCGUAGGACGUUGUGGUGAUGGUUUCUAAAUUAUCUCUCCCAUAGUUGGAGUCAUAAUUAUAGUUUGUAAAUUCAACUUGGUAAACUGCUUUGGUUUGCUUCCCAUGUAGGAGGGAGGAUGCAGCGUUCCCAUUGGAAUAACCUCCAGCCUGGAUGGCAAUCAGGUGCGGUAUUGCAAAUCGAUUAAUUAAUCAGGCAAUCAAUCAAUCAAUCAAUCAAUCAACCAGUCAGUCAGUCAGUCGGUCAGUCAGCAAAUCGGUCAAUCAAUCAAUCAACCCAUUAAUUGAUCGAUUCAUCAAUCAAUCAAUCGAUCGAUCGAUCGAUCGACCCGUCAAUUAAUCUUUCCAUUGAUCAGUCAAUCAGUAGAUAAAUCCAUCAUUCAAUGGUCUCUUUAUUAAUAAUUAAGUCAAUCAAUCAACCAGUCACUUAUUUUAACAGUCCAUCAAUCGAUCAAUCAGUUACUAAACUUGGUUAGUAUAUACCAAAACAGUGGAUAGCGUCGAAGGCGCGCCCUGAUUACCUACUCAAACUCCGCAUUUAUCUUUUGCCAUUCACCUCCGAGCAGCGCUUACGGGAUCUGCGCCCGAAAAUAUUGUAAUCGUAGCAGGAAUAAAUGAGUUUAAAUCAUCUUUUUGUGCAAUAUUAUCUCACUGUUGUAGUAUAUACUGAAAAUUUUAUUUCAUUCCAGUGUCGGUUUUACCAGUGGCUCUAACCACCUCCACUUCGGAGGAUAGUUGUCAAUUUUUUACUCAGUAGGAAUAACUGUAUUAAAAAUCGCGAAUGACGAUAACUAAAUUUAAAUAAGAAGAGCCCCACUGCUUUUCCCUAGUCCCCCCUCCCAUCCCAACUUCUCUAUUCGCGAUGAAGAAACUUAACCCUCUUUGUGUGAUUUUAGUUAACCAUGACAGGUGCUGUGUUUAGCUUGGACGGAACAGAAUGUCUCAAGGAGACUGUGACGGGAACCCUCCCAGACCCUUCAGUCCAGGAUGGUAGCUGCCCUCAUGCCAUACUCACCCAGUCGAGUAUUUAUGUCCCAACGGGAAUGCGUGACAUCACUGUAACAGCUGAAAAACUGGGCGGGACGUUAGCGCAGGCCUUAAUCGCCAGAGGAGCUGAGGAAGUACUGCGUAAGGCUAGAGAAGGAAAGGACCUCGUGCAACAAUGACAGAAUGGAGCGCAAAUAGACGAUUUUUUCUUGAAAAUUCGUAUGAAUGUCGUUAUCUUAGCCACUGCGCACCCACCCCUCCCCUAACUCAACAUUAGCCUGGACUUGUUAUCGGUUGACUGUUGUUGGGUUAGUGGAGGUGUACGUACACAGUGGAUCUGAAGCUAACGUUGUUCCGAAAAUUCUUACAUUCAAGUGCUGAUUAAAUCGAUCAAAAUUUCGGGUGUAAUUUUGACAAAAUGGAAUGGGAUUUUUUUGGGGCUUUUAAUUUACUUUCGUCACGCAGUCAUUUCCUUCCCCUCACGAAAUGUUUGUCCGAGUGAGCAUUAAUAUGCAUGUUUUAGUAGAUGGGCAACGAGAAUAAAAUAUUUUUUAUUCAAUUUCCUUGCAUUUGGUUGUCUUCCUCUGUUUGGUCUUCCAUCAGAGGUGAGGUGUAAUUCUCUCUUUCAACACGAC